AUGCCUACGAUCGUCCCCAAUGCGUCCACCGCUUAUGAUGGGACUGGGGGCUUAACCGUAUCCUACGGGAAAGCCCCGAGUAUGGGGGAGAAGCAAUGCAAGCAAACAGCCCCAAGCAGGAAUUUCCAUCCUGAAAUUGAAAAGCAAAUCAAAGUGGAAGUCAAAAAGUUGUUGGCUGCUGGGUUCAUCAAGCCAAUCAAGCACCCGACAUGGUGUCCAACUAAGGCUUUGGACAAGAAGACUCCUUUUGAAGUCUAUAGUGGUAGAAAGCCAGGAAUUAAGCACUUAAGAGUGUUUGGUUUUUUGUGCUAUGCACAUGUUCCUAGUCAACAAAGACAGAAGCUCGAUUUGGCUAGCACAAGAUGUGUGUUUCUAGGAUAUGGAAGCUGUGAAAAGGGCUACAGGCUUUACAACAUCGCAUCUGGAAGAGUAGUUAUUUCCAGAGAUGUUGUAUUCAAUGAGGAAGCAAGCUGGAAUUGGAAUAGGCAAAAGGAAUGCAGUAUCUCAGUUCCACUCAUUGAUAUGCUUACUGAGAAAGAAAAGGAGACUGGUGCAGCUAGCUUGCCUCAAGCAGAGACCUCAUAA